AAGCAAACCCAAUAACUUCAUCAGGUUUUUUUUGCAGAUUAGAUGUGCUGUCGUACUUUGGGAUGCUAAAGUUGAGAUUCUGAAUACUGAUGGAAUCUGCAAUUUAAAGUCAUCCAGAUCUUCCUUUAACCCCUUUCCUCCUGUUUCGUCCUGCAGGAGUGUGCCUGGUGCUGGGUUGCAUGAUCUUCCCCGACGGAUGGGAUGCCGAGGUGAUCCGCGACAUGUGCGGGGAGCAGGCAGGGAAGUACUCCCUGGGCGAUUGUUCUGUUCGCUGGGCCUAUAUGCUGGCCAUCAUGGGCAUCCUGGACGCCCUCAUCCUCUCAUUUCUGGCCUUCGUCCUGGGUAACCGUCAGACGGACUUCUACCUUGAUGACUUGCAGACAGACAACAAAGAUUUUGCAGUGUCAAGGAUUGAGGUGCGGGACAGACGAGAGCCGAGAUACGGAGUGCAGCGUCUUCACUGAGGGCGCAGACGGCCCCGGACAACUUCUCUGUAACUCCCUCUCUCU